AUGAUAGAUCGACUACUCCGACAUGCACGCAACACUCCCCUUCAUUUUUAUCUCGAUCUUCGCUCCGACGAUCCAGAGUCGCACUGGUGUACGCCGGCGAUGAUGGAGACCCUCGUCGGGGGAUAUAUCGUCCCCCGUAUGUCACAAGUGCAAAAGCUGACGUUUAUCGUCGAUAGGAUCAAAGUCGUCGACAGUAUAUAUACCUAUAUCGCCAGUACACCUGGCCCUAUCCUACGCGAGUUCAAGCUCGUCGCGGGCUACAUUGUCGACAUGGAACCGUUGUCAAUCAAAGAUACAUUCGGUCCCAGCCGGCAUUCUGCCCCCUUCUUUGGGGGACAUUAUCCUAGUCUAUCCUCCCUCGCGGUACACUAUGCGUCCAUUGACCAUGCUUCGUUUGAUAUACGGAACAUCAGCGAGCUUGAUCUCACUGGACAUAAAGUCAUACAUCCAGGACUAUUCAUGAGCAUCGUCGCGUCAGUCGCGCAACUCAAGGCGCUCACACUUCGCCAUACUGGCCCGGCAUUCGAGCCACAAACACCCAACUCUCCCGUCGCCAAUCUAGUCCACCUCGAAAAACUCGCACUCGGCGGGAUGGAUGCGGCGUACAUGCGGUACAUUCUUUCCCUCCUACGGUGCCCUAAUGUUCGCGAGUUUGGCCUCUCGACAAUUGCAGAACCUGACAUUGAAGGAGUGUGGUCGGCCAUCUCCGAACGUCAUCAACAGACUCAGUCCUUCCAACACGUAACGACCCUCCAGUUGUUUGAUAUAGCCGAACUCGCUGGAAUGUCACUUGGACGCCCGAGUGCGUAUACGGCUUUUAUCUCCUCGUUAUUCCGUCUUGAGGUGCUCAGGAUACGGAGGGUGUCACCGGCGUACAUCUCCAUCAUGUCCGCACAGAACGUCGACGCGGCACUCGUCUCGCUCCCCUCGCUCCAUGUCCUCGAGGUAUGCGGUCUUGUCGAAGACGUUGGAGGCUCGGACGACAGUGGGAGUCGUGGCUCUGCUGAGAUAGAGCCGGUGGCGAUCACGGAUCUGGCCAAACUUCUUAAGGACCUCUUUCACAGUCGGAAUGGGCUUUGGAAUGUUUCCAGAUUACACUUGGAUGGAGAUGAAUGGGAUAUGGCUGGCGAGGGGCGAAGAAAAAGAUUCCUCGAAGCCAUGGUCGCCCUUGGAGACGCGUGUCCACGCAUUUGCUGGGAUGCUCGCACUGUAUUUUUCAAUGACUAUUACGACUCGGAGGAGAUUUAG